UUGGUGGAAUUAGCCGUGGAUGUAAACCAGAUUACCGGCUCUAUCCCAAUCUCUAUAUUCAAAUCUCCUCAUUGCAAUUUGUUUCACUAAGGGGGAACAAUCUCAAGGGAUCCUUACCACGGGAGAUUGGCAACUUAACCAAGAUACAAGUUUUAUAUCUUAACAACAAUAGGUUUACUGGUGAAAUACCCAAAGAGAUAAGAAAUCUGGUUGAGUUGGAGGAACUUGCUCUUGGGUUUAAUAGUUUUAGUGGUUCACUUCCAAUGGAGAUCUUCAAUAUAUCAGGGAUGAGAGCAAUGGCUCUUUCAUUGAAUAAUCUAUCAGGAACCAUCCCACCAAACAUAGGUUCUACCUUACCCAACAUUGAAGAGCUUUAUAUCAGUGACUUGACCAAUCUUGUUGGGACUAUUCCUCAUUCUAUUUCCAAUUGCUCAAAGCUUACUAUCCUAGAGCUUUCAGGUAACAAACUCACAGGCCUGAUUCCCAAUUCUCUUGGAUAUUUGACUCAUCUACAGAACCUAAAUUUGCCAGAAAAUAAUUUAACCAGUGAUUCAUUUUUAAGCUUCCUCACUUCCUUAACCAAUUGCAGAAAUUUAAGACUUCUUGAUCUAUCAUUCAACCCUCUAAAUGGAAUGCUUCCGGUCUCCGUAGGGAACUUCUCCAAAUCUCUUGUAAAGCUUUAUGCCACUGAUAGCAAGAUUAACGGCCAGAUUCCAAAUGAAGUUGGAAACUUAAGCAGCUUAUUAGACCUUGAUCUUUCUGAUAAUAACUUAAUUGGAUCGAUUCCAACAUCAACUCACAACUUGAGAAACCUUCAGCGUAUGUAUUUUCAGUACAACAAACUUACAGGAUUUAUUGGAGAUCAUAUAUGUAAACUGAAUCAUUUGGGUGCUAUUGACUUGGGUCAAAAUCAACUUUCAGGAUCUCUUCCUAAUUGUUUGGGAACGUUACUUCCCUUAGAUUGAUAUAUCUUGCUUCCAAUAAAUUGAGUUCCAAUAUACCAACAAGCUUGGGGAAUCUUAAAGAUUUAGUGCUUCUUGACUUAUCGUCAAACAACAUGGUUGGUUCUUUACCUCCAGAAAUUGGAAAUCUAAAGGCUGCGACACUAAUUGAUCUGUCAAUGAAUCAAUUCUCAAAUGGUAUUCCUAUAGAAAUUGGAGGAUUGCUAAAUCUAGAGAACUUUACUUUGAGACACAACAAGUUGCAAGGAUCUAUACCUGACUCAAUGAGCAACAUGGUAGGUUUGGAAUUUCUAGACAUUUCUCAUAAUAAUAUAUCGGGAACUAUUCCCAUGUCUUUGGAGAAACUUCAAUACCUCAAGUAUUUUAAUGUUUCUGACAAUAAGUUGCAUGGUGAAAUACCAUCGGGGGGUCCUUUCAAGAACCUCUCGAGUCAAUUUUUCAUCAACAACGAAGCAUUGUGUGGUUUGUCAAGGUUUAAUGUCCCCACAUGCCCCACUUCAUCAACGCAUAGAUCAAAUAGGACAAAAUUGCUAGUUCUAUUUCUUUUGCUAGGAAUAACACUUGUAUUUGUUCCUAUCGCCUUCCUAUUCCUAUGGAUAAGGUAUAGA